UGGCUGAGCUGUGUUUUCAGAUUGGGAGCUGGACUGAGGGGAGGGCGCUCUUCAGACCAGCGCUCCCGAUAGCAUUGCUAUAACUGACGAUUUCAGGUCGUCGAAUUUCAAGGAACACAUAGCGCCAUUAUCAAGUCUUUCACAUCCCACUCUAAGCACACUAACACGGCAUUGAUGGUAAUGUAUGCAAGGAAACAACCGAGACUCGGCGAUGGGUGCGACCGAAGAGAUUCUCAGCCCUAUCAGACUCUCAAAUAUUCAUCCAAAAGCCAUCCAGGAGGGGAACAUCGGCGCGAAAAGACGCGCGACCCUGCAGAUGUCACUCCUCCUUGCAAGGUGCUCAGGAGGUCUGACAGCCCGGAGAACAAACACGGGGACAGCGCAGGCCACGGCAGAGCAAAGGCUGUCCACACGCACCGCGUCAGAGAAAGGGAUGGAGGACCCAGUUAUUCUCCACAAGAAAAUUCCCACAACCACAGUUCCCUCCAUAGCUCCAACUCUCAUUCUAACCCCCACAAGACCUCAGACACGCCUUACGAGCCUGGAGACGACUGGUCCGAGCACAUCAGCUCCUCUGGGAAGAAAUACUACUACAACUGCAGGACAGAGGUGUCCCAGUGGGAGAAGCCCAAAGAAUGGCUGGAGAGAGAACAGAGGCAAAAGGAGGCGACAAAGACCGCUGUUGUCAACAGUUUCCCCAAAGACAGGGACUACAGAAGGGAGGCCAUGCAAGCAACAGCAGCCCCAGGCUUUGCUGGAUCUAAGUCGACUCCGGUGGAGAAGCCCACAGCGACUCUUCCCAGCCAGUCCCAGUCCUCCUCCUCGGCUGCGGGGAGCUUGAACCCUUCAUCGGGGCCGCCAGGAUCAUCCGCCUCCACCGUGCCUGUCUCCCCGGUCCUUCAGUCACCAACCCCCCCGAUCCUUCAGGACCCCAAUCUGCUUCGCCAGCUCCUCCCAGCACUUCAGACGGCUCUGCAGCUCAACAACGCCAGCGUAGAUAUGGCAAAAAUCAACGAAGUUCUCACAGCUGCCGUCACACAAGCUUCAUUACAGUCUAUGCUCCACAAGAUCCUCACAGCCGGACCGUCGGCUUUCAACAUCACUACUAUCCUCUCUCAAGCUGCCCAGCUCUCCAACCAAGCUCAACAAUCAAAUCAGUCACCAAUGUCUUUAACGUCAGACGCGUCGUCGCCGAGGUCCUACGUCUCGCCGAGGAUCAGCACGCCGCAGACGAACGUUGGUCCUUUAAAGCCCCACCUUAGCGCACAGCCCGUCAUCUCACAGCCAAAAGUGAGCACGCCAGCAGUGAAGCAGCCGCCUCAUUCGCAACCCCCGUCUCAGCAGUCCCUAUCGAGCGAGAAGCAUCACGGUCACGACGCCACCACGGCCUCGCCGCGCGCGCUUCAGCGCCAGAGCAGUCAGAGGAGUCCGUCUCCAGGACCCAACCACGUCGCCUCCAGCAGCAACACCUCCACCUCUGCCUCGGCGCCCCCCAACGCCUCGGCGGCCCGACCUUCCUGCUCCCUCACCCCCACGCUGGCCACCCACUUUAACGAGAACCUUAUCAAACACGUGCAGGGAUGGCCCGCAGAACACGCAGAGAAACAGGCAUCCAGACUACGCGAAGAAGCUCACAGCAUGGGGAGCAUCUGCAUGUCUGAGAACUGCACCGAGCUCAAAAACCUGCGCUCUCUGGUCCGAGUCUGUGAAAUCCAAGCCACCCUGCGGGAGCAGAGGAUAUUGUUUCUGAGACAGCAAAUCAAAGAACUUGAAAAGUUGAAGAAUCAAAAUUCCUUCAUGGUCUGAGAACUUUGGGGUCGAGAGUUUGUUGUUUUGGGGGAGGGGGCGGGGAACCCAUUGCACAGAGCGGUUGUUUGGUUCCUCUC